CAGCUCCUUGCUUCAGACAUGCUCGCAUCGCUCAGGAAAGCAGGCUCUUUCUCCCGCGCUCUGUCUGCGGGCCAGAAGCGCUUCCUCUCCAUCCACGAAUACCAAUCCGUCAACCUCCUCAACUCCUAUGGCAUCGCCACUCCCAAAAGUCUCGCUGCAAAGACGCCAGAGGAGGCCUUUGAAGCCUUCAAAGCAUUCGGCCCUGACGGAGCUGUGAUCAAGGCUCAGGUUCUCGCUGGUGGUCGUGGAAAGGGGAAAUUUGACAAUGGCCUCCAGGGUGGUGUACACAAGGUCGCUAGUGCGGAGGAGGCGCAGAAGUACGCUAAGCAAAUGCUCGGUGCGAAGCUCAUCACCAAGCAAACUGGUGCAGGAGGUCGCGUCUGCAACGCCGUCAUGCUUGCGGAACGCCGCGAUCCCACCCACGAAUAUUACGUGGCGGUUUUGAACGACCGAGUAAACCAGUCUGCCGUUCUGGUCGCCUCAUCCCAAGGUGGUAUGAACAUCGAGGAAGUCGCUGCUAAGGACCCCUCCGCCAUCAUCACUACCCCCAUCCCGUACGAGGGUCUCCCUGAGGACAAAGCGCUUGAGGUCGCUGCGAAGCUCGGUUUUAAGACCGCUGAGGCACAGAAGGAGGCUGCGGACAUCUUUAUCAACCUUUACAAGAUCUUCAAGGACAAGGAUGCGACCCAGAUCGAGAUCAACCCCAUGGCCGAGACGGCUGACGGUCAUGUUCUCUGCAUGGAUGCCAAAUUCGGCUUCGACGACAACGCCGAGUUCAGGCAGAAGGACAUCUUCGAGCUUCGUGACGUCUCCCAAGAAGAGCCUUCUGAAGUCGAGGCCCAGAAGUUCAACCUCAACUUCAUCAAGCUCGAUGGGAACAUCGGAUGCUUGGUUAACGGUGCCGGUCUCGCUAUGGCUACUAUGGACGUCUUGGCCCUGCACGGCGGCCAGCCGGCGAACUUCUUGGAUGUUGGAGGAGGUGCGACACCGGAGACGGUGAAGAAGGCGUUCGAGAUCUUGCUCGCGGACCCCAAAGUCAAGAGCAUCUUCAUCAACAUCUUCGGUGGUAUCAUGCGCUGCGAUUACAUCGCAGAGGGUGUCAUCAAAGCCACCAAGGAGCUCCAGCUCGAGAUCCCUCUCGUCGUUCGUCUGAAGGGUACGAAGGAGGCCGAGGCCAAGGAGAUGAUCCGUCAAUCAGGACUCAAGAUCAUCCCCUUCGACAGCCUGGACGACGCAGCCGAACGUGCCGCCCAGCUCGCGCUCGCUUAAUCCUCCUCCUCCCCGUACCUUCUCUCCAUCCUUCACCAGCACCGUCCAUCUUUCCCGUUUCGCAUUGAUUGAUUUUGAUUGGUUGGGAACUCGGGACAACCCACUGUUUUCAUUACUUCCCUCUGUUCUGCUUCUUUCACUGUGAACCGCCAAUGCAAUACCUAGAUCUUUUCUUGUUUUCUAUCUGCUUCACCGUGUUGUUCGAAUUGAGUCCCAUAAUAUAAACACACAAGAAUGUGCGGAGUCGA